ACAGAGAGAGGGCGCCAAAAACGAAAGGUUUGAAACCCAGAAAACCUAACGGCUACUAAAUCAAAAUCAUCGAGAGAGCGGAGAGAGCGUGAAUAGGUUUCCAAUCUUUUCUUGCAAUUGUAGUCAUAGUUCAUAGUUCUCUAAUCUAUCCAUGGCGUCGUCCUCAACACCAGACUCGAUUCGAUCCAAAGCAAUUUCAGCCUCCGAUUCACGUCAAAGAGUUCGAAUCGUGGGAAAAAUCAGGCCCUUUUCCGAUUCGGAAAUUGAAUCCUCUGGUGGAUCUCCAAAUCCUUCCAUUUUCCUUCAAAAACCAGAGCCAGAGUCGUCGGAAAGAGUGGCAAUCUCCUUCUCCGACCAAUUAACCAGUCGUAAAGAGUCCUUCAAAUUAGAUUACUGCUAUGCUCAAGAUGAGGAUGUUGGACAAAUUUUUGCAAGAGAGGUAAAGCCGAUUGUUUCAGGGAUUUUUCGUGGAUUGAACGCCUCUGUCCUUGUUUAUGGUGCUAGGGGAAGUGGAAAGACAUACACUAUCCAGGGUUCCAAUGAAAAACCAGGCCUUGUACCAAUGGCCAUGGCGGAAAUUUUAACUUCAUGUGACGAAAUUGGAAGCUCAGUUACAAUAUCCUGUUAUGAGGUGUAUCAGGAUCAUGUAUACGAUGUGUUGGAACCGAAGGAGGUAACCAUCUUUGAAGAUAAUGGAGGGAGGAUCAUACUAAAAGGACUCUCUCAGGUUCCAGUGAAGUCUAUUUCAGAAUUUCAUGAAUUAUAUUUUCAUCGCUGUACAUCUUGGAAGCCAUCACAGAAGCCUACAAAUGAUGCUCUAUAUAGGAGCCACAAGGGUUUGAUCAUUGACCUUUCCUGCAAUGAUAAAAAUCCCAAUGCCCGCUGUUUGGGCAAGAUCAAUUUUGUGGAUUUGGCAGGUCAUGAGAGUACUAGGAUGAGCAAGUCAUUGUAUGCCUUACAAAAUGUUGUGUAUGCUCUAAAUGCCAAUGAACGAGUUCCAUACCGGGAAAGCAAACUCACCCGCAUGUUGCAAGAGUCUCUUGGAAAACCAAGUCAAAACUUGAUUGUUACUUGUUUGAACCCCCAUUGUUGCCAAGACACUAUCAAUGUGGUUAGUUGGGCUUCCCGAUCAUGCCUUGUUCUCAACCGUAUCUGCCCUGACUCUACCAAGAAGACCAAGACUGGAGGAAGAUCAAUGGUAUUCUGCACUCCCAAAGCUGGGAAAUCCCAAAACAGUACCACUUCUACACAAAAACACAAUACCUCUCAAUUGAAAUUAAUUGAGAAGAAAAACAAUGGUGUAUCAGCAGCAACAGAGGGAAGGAAAUUGUUUGAUGGAGCCCAUUCUACCAUCAACUCAGAGCAGGAAUUUUCAUUAUCAACUAAUACUCAUGCAGUGGAAUCUUCUAUAGUAAAUGAGAAUGAUCAGAGUUUGCCUGAGCGUAGCAUUGGAUCUGAAUGGAAUGCAAAAGCAUUGGUUGUAGCAGGAGAGAAACGGAAUGAUAGUAUUAAUGAAGUUAGCAACAUCUAUGAAACAAAAGGUGAUGUAGAGAAAGAAAAUAAAAGUAAAAUUGAAGAUGCAUCACCACCAUUAACUGCAAGAAUCCGAGAGCUUUCAAACUCCUUGAAGGCUCUCUCUUCUUCAACCGCAUUGAACAUAAAGAUGCCACUGGGAGGUUGUCAUUCAAGCAAAAAUGAAGUCGGUACUGAUGUAGUGGAACCAAAAACGCCGAGAAUUGAGCAGAGUGGGAGAUCAAAUGAUAAUUUGGAGAUCGCAGUAACUGGAACUCCUCGAGAAACAUUCAAUUUGUGCAGUUCUGGACUUAAGAUUUCCCUCGUUCAAGAAUUUUUGAAGUUUUUAAAUACUGCCAACAAGGAGGAAUUGAAAGGAAUGAAGGGAAUUGGAGAGAAAAGAGCUAAUUACAUACUUCAACUUCGUGACAGAUCUCCAGAACCCUUUAAAGAUUUGAGUGAUCUGAAAAGCAUAGGCCUUGCAAUGAAGCAGAUAAAUGCGAUGAUAAGAAAUGUUGCUGGGGAGCUCUUUAAUUAGCGUGAUUUCAUGAUAAGGAAUCCCAUCUGGGUAUGUAAACUUGUUAGUUGGUACUUAGAAUAUGAAGCAUUGGCAACUUGAAGUUUUUUCCCUUCUUUUUUUGGUUGGGGGUGGUGGGUAGAGAUGGCUCAGUGCUUGGAAUUACAAGUCACUUAGAGCUUAGAAACCUUGCCGUCAACCUUAAAUGUAUAAAUGUUAGCUUGCCUUUCCCAUUUUUUAUUUUUAUCUUUAUUCAAGAUGAAAUAAAAAUGUGAACUACCUUAAAAUGCGAAA